AUGGACCCGAACCUGAUGAGGAGGAUACUGGGUUUGGGAUUUUGGGUACAAGGGUUCAGGUGUUUUCCAUGGCUGGCCAUAAACUUUUUCUUGAAAGAUGGCCUUAAUGUGGACCCUUCUACUCUUCAGCUCCUUCAAAACUCUGCUAAUCUUCCCAUGGUUGGUAAGCCUAUCUAUGGUGUCGUUUCUGAUGCUGUUUACAUUUCUGGCCAGCACCGCAUUCCUUAUAUUGCCAUCGGUGCUUUUCUGCAGGCAGUUUCAUGGCUAGCUAUAGCAAUCCUCUCUUCAUCAGGCAUCUCAAUCUUCACCUUGAGCCUAUGUCUCCUCCUUAGUAAUCUUGGUGCUUCAUUAGCCGAGGUUGCAAAUGAUGCCAUCGUUGCAGAGAUAGGAAAGCUGCCCGCUACGUCUCCUAAAAAUUCUCCGUCAUCUUCCUCAGGCGAGCUUCAAUCAUUUGUCUGGAUUGCUUCCUCUGCUGGUGGUGUCCUGGGAAACCUGCUUGGUGGUGUUGCCAUUACCAGAUAUGCUCCCCAAGCUAUGUUCCUCUUUUUUGGCCUUACUGUUGCUCUGCAAUUUUUUAUUACAAUUACCGUCCGUGAAAGCUCACUUAACCUCCCCAAAAGUUCAUCCAGAGUUGGAAUUCGAAAACAGCUCUCAGAGCUCUCAGUUGCAUUACAGAAACCUGAGAUUGCUUACUCAAUAGCAUGGUUGGCAGCAUCAAAUGCCAUAAUUCCAGCACUAACAGGAACCAUGUUCUUUUACCAAACACAACAUCUGAACAUCGAUUCAUCUGUGUUGGGGAUCUCUAAAGUUUUUGGGCAGGCAGCAAUGCUUCUGUGGAGCGUCAUCUACAACUGUUAUUUAAAGUCAGUUCCAUCAAAAAAAUUAAUUGCAGCCAUUCAGGGAGUGAUGGCAGUAUUCAUGCUCUCUGAUGUGCUGUUUGUGAAGGGAGUUUAUCAGAGUAUGGGUGUGCCAGAUUCAUUGUAUGUUACAGUCUUCUCAGGCCUUUUGGAGGUGCUAUUCUUCUUUAAGAUCCUACCAUUCAAUAUUUUAAUAGCACAGCUCUGCCCUUCAGGAUGCGAAGGAUCCCUGAUGGCACUUGUGGCUUCUGCUACUGCCCUUUCAUUCAUAGUGAGUGGAUACCUUGGAGUUGCCCUUUCAUCAUUUCUUGGAGUAACUGGUAGUGAUUUUUCAGGAUUUCCUCAGGCCCUUCUAAUACAGGCUGUCUGCACACUCUUGCCAAUUUAUUGGUCGUCUUGCAUUCCAGACGAUAAGAAGUCGGAAACCAGUACAAAAUAUGAGUAG